AACCAACUAAUAAUGUUGCAGUAUGUAAAGUGAAAAAAGCCCAAUGGGCGUCAAACCGCCACCUGUCGCGACUUGUAAUCUGCCAAACGCGCGUUAUUUGCGAAUACGGUUAGUUAAAAAAAAAACUUUUUAUAAAGCCAAGAGUGACGGCCCAUAAAAAUGGGACAGGAGUAUCGUUAACUUACAGAUGUGUAGUUUCCCCUAAAAUAUCCGGUAUAGAGCUUGUUCUGUCGACUGUCGCUCUAUCUUCGUUUUCUUCGUGCUUUCUCUCUCUCAGGCGUUUCAGUCUCCAUAGAAAACGAGGUUGGAGUUGAGGAACAUGGCAAAAACAUGGGUGUUCUGGGACAUCAACAGCUGUCCGGUUCCCAAAGAUUGCGAUGCUCGUCUGGUCGGUUCGUCAAUAGAAUCGGCCUUGAAGAAGGCAGGCUACUGUGAAGGUGAUCUCACCAUCACUGCCAUUGGCAACCUCAAUCACAUCUUACAACUAAACCCUAUUCGUCUUUGUCACACCCCUCCCGGGUUUUUCACCAACUCUGUUGAUGAUUUUUUGCGGUUUGAAAAUAAAAUUACGUCUCCGGCUACUUUAAUGAUCAUAACCAGUGAUGUGCACGUGGAGCAUGUAACUGCUCAUUUUCCCUACUUACGGUCUAAGGGAUACACCCCUCUUCUAGCAUAUCCGAGCAAUUCUAAAGAGCUCCCUUCUGAUAAAAACUUUUCCUGGUAGACCUUAUUGAAAGGUUCAGAGGAGAUGCGCCCCUCUGAUAUAGAUCAAUCUCUUAGGGAGUUUUCUUGCAAACUAUGUUCAGCUGAUGGCCAUACCUUUGAAGAUUUCACCACGCAUCUCAAGAGUAAAAAUCAUUUAGAGCGUGAGUUGUGCAAGCUGAGGAGGCCUCCAUUCAAGAGGAAGAUGGAGAAGCCGGAUUUUAAUGUUUCUGAAUACAAUAACAAACGAUCAAAGGCAUGUUUUAAGAACUUUGCUUAACGAAUAUUCUUUCCCAUUUGAAAGAGUGCUUCCUGUCCUAUAUCCCAAGACUCGGGUGUGAGCUCAGCCCUAUCCCUGCCGGUCUAGCUGGUACCCCCAAACUUUAUUAGUCGAGCUAGCUUCUCAUUAAGUUGCUUUCACUUCUAAAAUGUAAGACUCAAGCGGCUUGAGGAAAAGAGCAUUUCUGUGAAUGCUAUUCUAAUCUAAGUGGUCUUAUUCUGUGUCCUGUACUAGGAAGCAUUACUCCUCUUUUCAUUCCAAAUUCAAGAAUACGACCGAUACGAUUAAUUGGUCUGUGUGCCUUUCUUA